UACGAGAUCGGAUAGGCGACAUGGCAACAGAUUCAACAAGAAUGGCGACACAUCAACAAUAAUUUGAAUAAUGCUAUCCUACUGCUAACUUAAAAUGGCAAAAGCUGGGAAGCGCGGCAAAAGUGGAGACGUAAAAGCUACUGCUUCUCCUCGUGGCAAAGGAGAAAAUAAUUAUGCAUCUGGUUCAUUUGCUGAGGAAACUUGGAAUCCGUGCUUAGCCUGGAUUGUAGGCAAGCAGCCUGAAGAUUUCAAGCAUGUUGAAGCCCUAAACAUAAUAACUCUUACAGGGAUAAGAAGACUUUUCUCGGUGGUCACCAAGGAACUUCUCUUUAAUGAAUUGAAAGUGCUUGGUAACCCUCAUGGCCAGAAAAAAGAAAAAGGUAAAGAUGCUGCACCAACUAGUGAUGUGUAUGACAGCAUCAGGGUGUAUUUAGAAACCAAUGAACCAAUUCCAACAGACCUAUUGGCUAAAGUUAUCAAAUGGAAACUGAUGAUGAUCAAAGCUAAUGACCUAAAGCGAAGAGAAGCAGAUAUAAAGGCAAAAAAAGUGAAGACAGGAUUAGAUAAAGAGAAAAGAAACAAGUCGGCUACAAAAUCUCCUAAAAGAGGUGGCAAAAAAACUCCUGAAAUUCAGAUUGCCAAGGAAGGAAGUAAACUUAAGAAGCGAGGAGAAGAGGAUGAUGAUGCUAAAUAUAUUGAUGAUGAACCGGAUGAUGGAGCACAGCAGUACAUCCUUAUAUCUGGCUUUCAUGAUCCACACAUUUUUAAAGCUUUAGAAGAGAUUGGUGUCAAUGUUUCCUGCAUUCUCAGAUUAUCUACUCAGGACUCAAAUAGUCAAGUCAAGAAAUCAGACAUAAAUAGUGAAGAUCAGCACAAAAUAGAAAUCAAAAUUCCUGAAAAAGAAUUGACCAAAGAAAUUUGCUUGUUUUGGAGAGAUUUACUGCCACUUUUGCAACACCUGCCAGAUUCCUCCCAUUGCCAUGAUAUAGCUAUCCUGGAUUAUGAAGUAAAAUCAUUUAUAAUUCCAACUGAUCCGAUUGAUGCAGAACAAAAGGUACAAUACAGUUCAACUUUAUUUGAAGAAGUAGCUGUCAUGCUCUACAACCUUUUAGAAGCUAAACGACUUUAUGGUACUUUCAAAGAAAAUUUAAAUCUCAUUAAUGUUCCUGUUUUUGGAGAUAAAGAGUCAUUCUCUUCAGUUAAUGUCCAGCCUGUAACUGAGUUAGAAAAUGUUCCUAGUGCCAGGUUUAUUAAAUCUGAGGUGGACAUGAGAUAUUACAAUGACUUGAUGAACUGUAUUCCACAAGAAAGUGUUAGUGUCUCCUUGAUCAUGAGCUGCAUGCUAGAACAGGUAAUUGCUACAGAGGAAGAAAAGAUUCCACCUAGUGAAGAGCCUCCUCCAACGAGAUCUGAUGGCAUACAUUUUUACCUUGCCUCUUACUUGGCAAAUACAGCUAAUAAACUACCUCUUUCGGAAAAAGAAUACAAUUCUCUUUCUGAAGUUCUGGACUUGCCUCAACCUCCUCCUGAAGUCCCUAUGCCUCCUUUAUUAAUAAAUAUUCAUGAUAAAAUUAGCAUGAGGACCAGACAUUUGAAACCUUACUAUGGUUUUGAUCCACAUGCUACUGAAAAUGACUUGCUUCGGUUCCUUCCUUUUGCUAAGCUGUGUGACCUACGUCCUCCCCCUACUCCUGAUUCCAAAGAGAGUGCAGUCAGACUUCAAGAACUUAUUCAUUACUGUGCAAGUGAUGGUCUCACAAAGCCAGAAAUUGACAGAGCUUUUAAGCAAUUUGUCUUUGAAAGUAUGGAUCUUGCUGCAACAGACUCUAAUGGAUUCUUUUUAAAAAAAGAAAUUGAAGGUGUACCUCCAACAGCCAUCCCAUGGGAUGAUCCAUAUCCACUCUUCAAGAUAAUGGUCCCAGAUGUUAACAAAAUAAACAUUGAAAAUAGUAAAGAAAAUGGAGUUGCUGAGGAAUCUUCAGCUAAAUUAGAGCUUAUGGUUCCUGCCACCUUAUCAGUCAAAUCUUUAUCCAGUAUUCGAAGAGUAACUACUGUUGGAAGUACAAAGUUUCUGACUCCUUUUGGAGGGUCAGGCAAGGUAUCAGGUGUAAUUAUGGAACUUAAAGUUAACCUUGGUCCUGGAAGUUGUUCAACCAGCAAAUCUAGGCAUGCCAGUUUAGACAGCAAGAAAGGAAUUCUCUUGAACAGAGAUACUUUGUCUACAUCAAGCUCCAAAAAAUCUCAGGCUAUAUCUGUUCAUUUUGACAUUCCAGUUGGUUUAGAAGAAAAUGAGGAUGACUUUUUAGAAGCCACAGAUAAAACAGAAAACACUUUUGAGGAAGGUCUUCUGAAAAUGAUUGACAUUCAGCAAAGAAAUUUAGAUCAAUGGUGCUUUGCAGAGCACUACAAGCCUCAUAUACUUCAACAGGUUCUAUUAGAUGCAUCUUACUAUCUUCCUAUUCAAGACACUUAUUACCACAAGAGAGACAACAGUGUUUUGUUGGUUCUACAUAAUCCAUUCAAUAGAGAAUUCAAAAAUCAUUUUGAUUGGCACAAAGAAAUUCAUUCUGAUAUGGGAUUCAGAAAUUAUUUAGAAUACACAGUAGAAUCGAUUUCUGAUUGGCUAAAAGAAAAAGAAGCUGAAUAUCAAGGGAAACUAUUAUCUAAGGAAAUAGAUACUAUUUAUAAAGAAGAAGAAGAAAAGGCUAGAGAAGCAGAAAAACUAGAAAAGGCUAAAAGAAUCAAAUCUCCUAAUAGAUCAGCUUCAAGAACUAAAUCUCCUGGGAAGUCUCCCUCUAAUGAGAAGAUAACAGUUGCUAUCAAUCCUUACAUACGUCAAGGCUCACUUAAAGCUCAGCAGGCAGAGAAUGAUAAACUUGCUAAAGAAGAAGAAGAAAAAGAGAGACAGAAAUUAGAAAGAAAAUCAAGAUCUUCGCAAACAAAAGAAAGAACAAAGGAAGAUAAAACUGAGAAAGAGAAGUCAAAGAGCCCAAGAGGUAGUGCCAAAUCUAGUAAGACAGCUAUGAAUGAACAGGAGAUAGUACCAACAGUUGAGCCAGUCAAAAAAUCAAAAUAUUGGCCUUUUUAUGGAUACAAUACAGGCAACCAACUUAUUCACAUAUCAGGCCUAACAACAACAUUGUUCCCUACUGAUGGAGGCCAAAUUAAAAUUGAUAGAACUGAAAUUGCUCAAGGAACAACUUCAGUGAAAAGCAGCCUGUUCAAAGAUGAUCAUAUAUUUACUGUGCAUUUACUAAACCCAGUAGACAAGAUUGAGAAACAGGAAGAGGAGAAACUCCAAGAAUCUAAGAAACUAGAAGAGAUUACAGCACAAGGGGAUCAGCCAAUCUCAAAUGAAUCUCCUGUUCCUAUAACUGUCAUUGCAGAAGAGGAUAAAGCAGCAGAUUCAAGGAUGUCUGUAAAUAAUAAGAAUGAACAAGAGAAUCAAAUGACAGAAGCAUCCAAUGAAUCCAAAGUAGAUGUGGAAGAGAAAGUUGUUAAGAAUAAAGUCAAACAAAAACCAGUGAGUCAGUUUGGUUCAGUCACAGCUGUACUUUCUGAUGGCAUGGUGUUGGCAUUUAGCCAGUUUGGUCCAUCAGGAGAAUCAAAAGCUGAAAUUUUGAAGGAAUCUUGUCAUCCUACACCAGCAAAAAUUGAAACACCAAAUUCAUUGCAGAAUCCUUUGUCUCCAGCUCGAAGCAAAAAGGAAUCAAAGAGAAGCCAACAGCUUCUCCCAGACUCUAUAGAAAAGUUUGAUGAACCAAUCAAUGAAGUAAAAGUUGAAGAACAUAGGGAUGUUAUCCAACAAGAAUUUCAAGAUAUUUUUGUGACAUGUCCAGAUGGUCUUCAGGUCAUGUACUUUUUACAAAGCUCAGUUGGUAUUGCACCGUCUCACACAGAAGACUUUCAGUUGGCUGUCAGACAAUGUUAUCCUUUCAAAACUAAUGGAUUUCAAGAAUGUGAAUCUGCAAGACACCAAUAUUUGAUGAAAGAAAUAUCACGUACAAUCACGCCUGAUGGAAAUGUUAUUAAAAUGAUGACUGAUGGAUCAGUAGAGGUAUUAAGUGCAGACAGUACUGUCAGUAUUUUUACAGGACAUUGGAGCUCACAACCCUCUAGACCAGAAUCUCCUGUAAAUAGUACCAAAGCAGUGUCACCUGACUCCAUGGGACAAAAAACUAUGUCUCACUCACAAACAAGAGCUAAAAGUAGCAUCAAGAUAACAGAGUCAGAAUUGGAGGAAAAAGUGAAUGUUCCUAGUGAAACUCCCUACUGGACUAUCACUUAUCCUAAUGGAGAGCGUCUUCAGAUUUCACCAAACAAAGAACACAAAGAAUUACCUGCUGUGCCAAUUUCAAUAGCAACAGAUCCUGAUACUCAGCAGACAAUGGCAACCAGAGAUGACCAUGUUGUUACAGUUAGUUUCCCAGAUGGUACCACAAUUGUUGAACAUGCUGAUGGAACACGCAUUACUGUGUAUUACAGAGAGACACCCAUAACUGUAGAAACAGAGGAUGAUAAAUCAAGUCUUGAACUAAAAACAUUUAAAUUUAUAAAAGUAGAAUGUCCAACAUAUGCUACAGUGGAAUUCAAUGGAGAAACUUCUGAAAAUUUAACUGUUUUUGGUAAUGGAACAAGUAUCAAUGUUUUCCCUGAUGGCUAUUAUAUUCUUCAUCAUUGCCAAGGUGGCAGAAUAGAGGUUGAUACAGAAGGAACCAUGGUUUAUUAUCCCAGGAGAAAACUUUUUAUAGAACACAUAAUGCCAGAGAGGCCACUUCAGUAUAUUUUGCGCCACAAUGCUGAAGUAAUAGUUGAAACAGAGGACCCAGAUGGUCACAUUUUCCAUGUGAAGGCUAAUGGAGAUUUUACCAUUUCAAAUUCCCAUGAUGAAGACAUUUUAUCAGACAUGAGUGAUGAUGAUCUAGAAACAAAGGCGAAAAAAAUCAUAGCUUAUAAUCAACACGCACCCAGAUUUUUUAUCAUUCAUGCUGAUGGAAGUGGUACUGAACUGUUAAGAUUUCAAGAUGUUGCUGAAUAUUUAUCUCAUGCAGAGCUCAACCCAGCUACUGCAGUCAUGAAAGAACCAAUCCAGGAUCAUCCAGGGGUGACUGGAAUAACUAUAUUAAAACCUUAUUUGUCCAGUUUGUCAGAGAAAUGGUUCAAGAAAUAUGAUCAGGAAUCAAUUAUUCCCUCUGGCAUCAGAUGCAGAGAUUUACUAACACUACCACCAAAAGAAGUAAAGAAACCUGGACCUAAAUUUGGUACCAAUGUGGGUAAAGGAUUAAAUAUUGGAUCAUUGAACAAGGGGUCAAACAGGAUUUCAAUUUUAAAGUGUCCUAAUAAAUUGGAAUUGAGACAACUCAUACAGUACAAGCCUAUGACAGAGCAACUGCGAAAUAGGCUAAAGAAUGGUGUACUGAAAUACUCAGAGGCUGUUGUAGCUCGCAUGCGUGCAGAUAAUUUAAUGGCUAUUAAUGAUCCACGUUCUGAGGAAGAGAAAAUAAUGGCAGAAGAAUUGAGGAAGUUAUCUCUUAAGCAACAGGAAUGUGACCUAGAACAUGUGAAAUCAAUUUAUGAGAAAGCCAUAGCACCCCGUGUGCCUACCCCACCCCCCACACCACGGCCUAAGCGCACACAAGCAGACUGGCAACAGGAUAAACGUGAAGUAGAAGAAGAAAAAAAAAAUAAAUCCAAAUUAAAAAAUAAGGCCAUAGAACCUUAUUUUGAAAGUGAAGUUGGUAAAGCCUUUCUUCUUUCACAAGCCAAUGAUGUGGAAGAGAUGAUGCGUCAGCUUGUGGAUGACCAGAUUCUUCAACCUGUAGACAACAGAGAUGUUAAUAGUGAAAUGAGUUUUACUCCAAAUCUUUAUAAUGGUCAAAAUAAUUCUCAGUCCCAAGAAAGUGAUCAUUCCACUGUGGACUCGUCCCCUAAUGGAAAGAAAUAUACAAGAGAAACACCUUCAGCUGGAGCUGCAAGUGAAGUUGUAACACCGUUGGAAAAUCUGCGUCCCCACAAUCCAACGCCUGCUCAUGCAACUGGUCAAAUAAGCCCUGCAAUACCAAGGCCAGACAAUCCAACCCCUGCUCAAGCUGGUAAACUUCUUGCAAAAAAAGGAAAUUUCACCCACAAAGAUUCUUAUCUGUUUUCUUCCAAGAAUAAGAAUAAUUCCAUUUUUGGACAUACAGAUUAUUCAACAAUUUUGGAACAUCCAGGGGAAAAUGAGGACUCAGUAGAAUUUACAAACAAGGAUCAAGAUUCCAGUCCGUUGAAUCCAUUGUCAAUCAAUCUUCUUGGUCAGUCAAGGACAGAACCAAUUCCACUUCCUCUUGCAAUACAAGGAGGAAGACCUGGGGCUCAAAUUAACAAACAGUUUUUAGCAGUUGAGGAACCUGCCAGACGUAAGGUCAAGACAUCUUUAAUUACAGGAGCUACACCCAAGGGUCAAAAACUUCUUGUGGAAAUGAGAGGACUAAUUUGCCAACCAGAACAAGUCAACUUUGGUGUCUUGAAAGAAGGCUCUACUUAUGCCUAUAAUAUAUUCCUGAGAAAUACUGGCGUUGAUACUUGUCGUUUUAAAGUCACUCAGCCUCCGCCUGCUACAGGUCUUAGAGUAUUGUACCAACCAGGACCAGUAGCAGCAGGAAUGUGUGCAAACUUGACUCUUGAACUUUAUGCUAUAGCUAAUGGUGUGGAGGGAGAGUCAGGUGUUGGGAAAUUGGAGCAUGUGCUGGAAGUAAUCACAGAGACACACGUACUGGAAAUACCAGUACAGGCAACUAUAUUGACUGCUGAUGAAUAUGAAAGUAAAAAAUCAACACAAGUGAAAGAAAGUUAUGCCCGACUUGUAUCAAAUAAGCCACCAGCUUUGACUGGCAUCAUAAGACCACGCAAAGAUCAAAGAAUAAGUAUGUAUACUUUAGAUAAAUAACUGCCUAUAUUAUUUUGUCUGACACAAAUGUUUCGCCCACCACAAGUUUUAAAAAAUGAUUCACUAAACAAUCUGUUGAAGAAGUUCUAGAUUGUAACUUUACAGUUUAUGUAGACCACAAACGAAAUGUUAAACAAGAAAAAUAAAAAAUACUUUUAUUAAUAAACAAAGCUUAAAUUAAGCGUAGUUUAAUCAAUUAGUUUUGGAUCAGUAAAGUAAUUAAAUUUGUAAUAGGUCUAGACUAACCAUAAUAAAUGUAUGUGAUUACAAAUAUUUUUACCAAUGGAAGGCACUAGCGCAAGAAGGUGGUUGUCAUAUUUGUAUGAGAAUUGUGGAAGUGACAAAUUUAGUCACCAAGAUGCUCUGUGCACCUUCUGACUUCUCAUGUGUGUAAUUGUAGAUGUGUGUACAAAGUCCCAUUGAAAGCCUGUACUGGUGGGGCUAUGCUCAUAUAGUGCCACUUGAUGCAUGAAGCUGUAAGGACAUGACCACCUUGUUGCACUGAAUGCUGUUAACAAAGGGAACACAAGUUACCUGUCCAACUACUGCAUUGGGUUUAGCAUUGUAACAUAAUAUCAUAACAUAACAUGGUACAAUAGUUUAGCUCAGAAUAGACUCAUAUAUAGAGAGAGAAUAAUCAUGAGCAUAUUAUCUCUGUCAAUCUAAGAAGGAAGUAAAUUCCAAUCUCUUUCAAUGAAAGAAGGGGAUCAAGUCCUUUUUAGAUUGACAGAAAAGUAAAUUAUGGUGAAUUGCCCAAGAGUCCUAAGAUAGUGGGAAAUUGCCAAUUAAAACUGGAAACACUAAAUUUUAGUUCAUAGCCCACAAGAACCAAAUAUUACGAGGUACAUAAAAAAAUGUAUUUUUCCAUGUAUCUCAAAAUGACCUAAUCGUGACUUGACCACCUUCUUGAUCUAAGCCCUUCAAUUGUUUUUGUUUAGCUCAAUUUCAUGCUUUUAGCUUUGUCAGUACACUAUGAUCUUAUCACUUGUCUGGAUGGGGGAAGGGGGUAUCUGUGUGAAUGUUACCAUGAUGGCUUUUUAAAUGCAUUUAUAAAAAAAGUGAAUGACCUGGAUUUAAACUCAAGGCCUAAAUCCUCCUCAAGCUCUUCAAGCCAUUUCACUAAAAAAAAUAAUUGUGCAAAAUUUCAGCUUAAUCCGAGAUUGGAUGUGGGAGAAAUAACAUGUACAGACAGACAGAGUGAGUUGAUAUAAGCUUUGUAAAAAAAAUAAUUCACAUAAAACAUAUUUCUCCUCUUUCUUCGUGUAA